AUGAACCACGCUUUGACUCUUCUGUGGCCUCAACUGAUGAGGAAUGCGGAGAGGGAGGCACUUUCUCGGGACGCAGCCGAAAAGUUUGUUGAAGAAGCCUUUACAAAACUUCGGGAUACAGGAAAAGAAAUGCCUAAGGAACUACGCAGUAUCCUCCUGUGGCAUCUGACAACGUGCUUCCCCGUUGAAAAUGGAGGUCUUCAAGGAAUUCAUGGUAUUUUUGGUACAACAACCAUCCUUGUUUGCCCUUCUGGCCUGAGUCUUACUUGCGCCCUGAAGGGGCUGGAUAUUCCUCUCUCUAAAGAGGCUCGCAGCCCCACACAACUUCUUGAGGCUUCCCUAUGUGCUGCAGCCAUUCACCAUAUGGGUGAGGAUGCAGCCGCUUAUGCUACCAUCACAAAGGGUAGGAAUCUGGCUACAGAUCAAGUCGUGGAUUUGGCAUUAGCUAAGACAAAGAUGAAGCAGACAGAUUCGGAGACAAAACAGCUGCUUCAAGCAGGAAUUCGCGCUCAAUUACAACUACAAAAGGGUUUCCAGAGGUUACAGUGGAGGCGAUUUGUUAAAUACUACAAACUGGCAUCGGCAUUUCGUCUGGCCCAACGUCUCUUGUUAAACCCCCAAAGAGAAGACUCUUCCUCCGCAGGCGCAGAGAAGCAGGCGCUGGAUAUGCAGAGCAAAGACGUCCUGAAUCUUGCUACCUGUGUGGCUAAACGAGAAUGCCUUGGUAUUGGGAACAAAGGAUACCAUAAGGCUGUCCUUGAAUGCAUUGAGAUAAACCCUGGGAUCAGGGAAACGUCUGUCUUGCACCACUUCUUCCAGGGUACCCGCCUGAAGCUGGAAGAUAGACUCUCGGCCGAAGUUUUUGCAACAUCUCUUUUAGUCCUUGAGUCCAUCCUCCAAGGCGCCAAACUAGGCACGGCCGAUGCAGCUCAACUACUUCAACUCACGCAUGCGGAUACCACAGCCUUUUCCUUGUUCCACCAGCUCAUUGCAAAGUCUUUCAAGCUUUGCAGCCUCCCCGCAGCGGAAAUAGUCAAUAGCCAUUUGGAGGCUUUGAGAGCGACAGAAGCAACCGCUACCAAUCCAGCACUGUUGGCUUCCAUCGCUCUUGAGAACGCCCCUCUGCUAUUCUCCUUAAACGCAGUUCACCCUCCUGCAGGUUUUGAAGACAAUUAUCAAUCACUGAAGCACACUGGAACACAACUGGGGCUUGCCGUUAUUCGUCGGGCAGCAAAGAUGAUAAACAUGUCGUGUGGAAAAGACAGGAAUUGCAAUAAGAGGAGCAAUGCGUAUAUUAGCUGCAUUUCCGAGAGCAUUGAAAGUGUUGCAUGGACGUCUCAUCGGGAUGUACUUAAGCAGCGCCUGCACGUGUUAGCACACUUCGCAGAAAAUCCUGAUCUCCUGCCAGAAGGCCCCCCGUUCACUGUUGCUUUGACACAUUUCAAGUCAGCGGCAGCACAAAUGGCUGACACCAUACGCAAGUUCGCUCUCGCUUCUCACGGAGCUUUGGUGGCUUCAUAUGGAGCACAAGAUUCUAGCUCUAAUUCGUUGGCAGAGUCAUUGGAGCAGUUUGUGUCUGCACUCGAUGACAAUAUACUUCCCACUGGAUUCACAUUCUUUGAUGACGGGGAACUCUCUCUUUAUGGCCCUCUCGUUCAAGAGCAAAUUGCUUCCAGACAGAAAAGAAAUUGCUCUGGUCCUCGGGCAUCAGGAAGAGAUGAUGCUAUGAAAACUUUUCUAGUCAUGCAAAUACUCUCUCCGCACUUAAAUGCUAUAAUAGGGAACGCAGCUUUGCUUGAAGUCUAUGGAAUCACAGCUGGAAAGACAGGACUCUCAGUUCGGGCAGUAGAAUCUACCUUCGUGCGGGCUCAGGCUCAUCAAAUCUACAUUUUCACUCAGUCACUUCUUGACAACCCAGAAGAAGACUCCAGCCAAAGCAUAAAAACCAGCAAGGAGUUACGGGCAUAUGUUACAAGCCACCUUGCUGCCAAACUUGGGCAGAAACGGCACGAAGGGACUGAUACCACUCAAAAAUCAGUUUCAAAGGACAUCCUUGUACUAGCAAAAGCAGUUUACAAGGAAAUACAGAAGAUAUUUGCGAAACGGAUAACUAUGGGACAAGCCUUUAGUGGACUGCAACAAGCCACAAACACACGAGUCAAGACAUGGCUUGAAAAGACAUACACUGAUUUUCGCAGGGAGUUACCCCCGUCGUACGUCGUAGAUGCUGCUUAUGACUGCCUUCAGCACUGUGUCAAGCCCCUGUUAGCUGACACUCGAGUGCAAACCCAGUGUACCGAUUCGGCAAAGAAAAAUCAGCCCCUUAAUAAAUGUGCAGAUCCUGCAAACGAGUUCCAGAAGCAAGCGUGGAAGGGCACGUGGGGAAUAUACUUAUCGGAUUGGCUUGCACAGGGAAAUGCACCGAAGGGCUGCAGUGAGCUGCUGCAGCUACUAGGAGAAAAUGACCAGGCCUGGAAGCACCAGGUCUAUCUGAUGUACAGCCAUCUCGAUUACAUCAGCUGCGGUAAAGAUAUGCACGGAAGGGACUCGUACAAUCGUUAUUCCAUAAAGUUGGACAUGCUGCACUACUUGUAUGAAAUGUUCGUCGGAACUUCAAAAAAGCCUACGCUAGCUGCUUUCCUAAAUUGGCUGGUGAAGCUACGCGAGCCACUACAUCAAAACUUGCAAAUUCCCACCGCUCAAGUGCUGGCGCACGCCGAGGGUCAACAACAGAACCAAGUCAGCAUCAGCAAAGCCUUCAACUUGGCGGUGGCGAGGGACCCCUCGUAUGCCCAGUGCAAGCCGGAAGACACCAAAAUUAUCUCUGAGCUUGUCCCCUCCCUUGGCGAUAUGUUUCUUACCUUAGCAGAGUUGGACAACUUUAUUGAAGAGACGAGUAGGGAACCGGAAAUUCUUGAUCGAAAGGUAGCUGUUCCGCCUGCAGAGACGCAGAGCAAGCCUUACACUUUCCCUGCAACAGCUGGCGAGAGUUUGGCUGCCAGUGUUUUUGGAUGGCAAGUACCCGCUUUUCCUCCGCUGCGUUGCCAGCGUCCCACGAGGCAGGUGGUGCCCCUUCCUGUCAUCACUUCUCCUAGGAAGGAGCCGGUGGUUCCUACAGAAGACCUUAUCCCACCGCCUUUACAAAAAAGUGACACAACUGUUCUUCCUGAGGAUGAAUAUUCCUCAUCGAAGGCCGAAGAGCCAGAGCCCGGUCAAGGCGAAUCCGCUUCUGGAAAAGCGGACAAGGAGAAAGUAGUCAACACAGAGGGCGUUGGCACAAUCGAUCCGGAAGAGGUCACCGUCCCACUUCCGCCAGUGCAUGAGGAGCUCCCAAAGGUUGACGCAAAGGAUGAUGACUGUCUGAAGUUAGUACAACUCUAUGAGCGUUACAUUGAGGGAUCCCAAAUCAAGGACGUGGAAGCAUUGCAUGAACAGGCGGUGGCCAUUCCGUUGUUCAAACACACACGUUCUCAACUUCGCAUUAAAGAUGGAGACAUAUCCCUGCAAACGUUUAGACUUGCGUUGUGCAUUACUUGUGCAAAGCACAUCCCCACCAUGCAGCUCGCAACAGGCGAAGCGAGAGCUCAACUGAGUGCCUCUAUUGAAAGAAGCAAAGAGGCUUGCGAUGCUAUAUAUAAAAAUACUCACUGGGCAAAAGAGGUUGAAGGUGGUGUCCCCCUGUCGUUCGAAACCCCCGCGUCUCCUCUUACAAAGAGCAUUCAGCUUAAUUUGCCAGUACCCACCAUCUCCCACCGUUUGCUUGGGGCUGUACACAAGCUUCUGGAAUCGGCGGGGGAAAACAAGGCUAAGGCCGUGGAGGCGUGCGCGUCAGCCGAGGUUUUAGGACGCUCCUUACAACAUGCCAUGGCAGCCGUUCUAAAAAAAAACCAGGAAACAAGGUCUCCAUUGCUUCUGGCACUCGGAGGGCUGUCAAAGACUGCAUCUAAGGACAUACCUGCGCAGCUGGCAUCAAUAUUCGGCUCUCCAGCCAGAAUUGGCGGCCGCACGCUGCCUCCCACCUCUAUGGCAGGGGGUUUGAUGAAUUGGUUGCCCCAAGAUCGAGGGCUGGCCUUUUGGGCGGCCUCUGCCCACAAGAAACUAAAGUUUGAUGAAGCUGUCGCAGGUCUCUGUGCUGCACUUCGUUAUGCGGAGUUUAUACAGCAAGUAACUCGGCCAGGAAUGAUGUUCGACAGAAUUUUAGCCCAGUGGAAUUUGUCCCUACCUCUAAAUGGACUGUCACUUGUUAAUGCUCUCCGCUCGCAUGCAAACACCCAGCAAAAGCUCGUACAGGACCUAUGCGUCCUGAUGCCUCCAGGGGACGAAACGCAGGGAAUGCUGAGAAGGUUUGACCCCCACCAGUGGGCAGCCUUGUCGCUCGAAACCGAGCACACAACGGGCGAAACUAUAGAGGAGGGUGCGUACUCAGUAAAGCAAGCCCCUGAAAGCUGA